UUUACGCGCACAGAAACAGAAGGAAAGAGAGAGAAAAGACCGAGUUUUCUCUGUUUCUUCUGGUCUUCGUCUCCCACGAAAUUCUCUUCCGCUUUUUCCAAUUCGCCCUGGAAAAUUUCCUAUCCCUCAACCAAAUCCUCCCAUUAUUUUUUCAUCAUCAUUUUCUAAUUUCCUUUCUUACCCGCUUCUCAUUUAUAUCUCUCUCUCAGCUCAAGUUUCCUUUCUUCAUAGAUCUAUUAUAAUUCAUAUCUGGAAAACACUCAUUUAUUUGAUUUGCUUAAAACACCGAUCUCAUUUGUCUUUUCUAAUAGAGUGAGAAUUAUGGACGAUUUUGGUGUUUUAACAGAGCGUUACGGUUUAAAACCUCAAGGAAAAUCGGCUCCAAUGUCUCAAGCCAAACGAUCCACCGCCACCACCACCACCACAGCCACCGCCGCCGCAACCACCAACCGAAGUUUUGGGUUCGAUUCAGGUUUGACCCGAAACUCCGCGUCAUUUUCUUCAAAAUCUUCAUUAAAUUCGAGUGCUAGUAACGGCUCUUUGCUUGAUGAUCACGACUUCUUUCCCAAGCAAAACUCGCAAAAUUCUUUUGGUUUUGGCGACGAUUAUGGUUUCGAGUUUGGUGGUUUUCAAAACCCUACAACCAAGCAAUCGAAUAUGAGUAAUAAUAGUAGUAAUGGAUCUUCAUUUGAUUUGGCUUCAAUAUUGUUGAAUUCGGGUCCAAAAUAUUCGUGUUCGAAUUCAUAUGUUGUUGAUGAUUUAUUUGGAGGAAUGCCUGGCUCACAAAAUGCAAGUAAUGAUGAUGAUUUUGAGUUUUUUGCCUCGUCCACGAAGCAAAAGGGUUCUGUUGGUGACUUGCUGGGUGAUUUUAGUGGUGUGGCGGCGAAAUUGAAGAGUUCUAGCGGGAAUGGUUCGUUGGAUUUGGGGAAAAAUGAGGCUGGUUUUGAUGAUUUGAUACCCGGGUUCGGUGGAAGCAGUCCUCCAGUUAAUAGGACUAAUGUUAAGGCAACCAAAUCAACCUUCAAAUCAGCAGAGGAGCCUUUUGUGGUAUUAGAGUCGAAUUCAGGCUCAGAAUAUAAUUCCUCAGAAGCCCCCACUGAGCCACUGGAAGAAUUCACUAUGUUCAAUCAAUCUGGAGGAGCAAAACCUCGUGGUUCUUCAAAUGAUUCCCCAUCAUUGAGGCCUCCUCCAAAACCAGCACAAGUUUUGAAGCCAGUAAAGAGUUCAGGUGCAUCUCCAAUUGAUGAACUUGAGGACUUUGCUAUGGGGAGAGUGCAUAAUAAGGCUAGUAGAUCUAAAGAAGCUGAAGAUGCCACAAAAAAGAGUCAACAGAAUAAAAAAGAUGAUCUGGAAUCCUUUUUUGGUGUGAGUUCCAGAUCAAAUAGUGCACCAAAGUCAAGGGAAUCAACUGUGGAUCCUAUAUUUGGUGCAAACAUACACAACAGACAGCAAAAGACAUCUGCUGGGCCAUCAUCCACUGGAAAGAAGGCUUCUUCUCCUUCUAUGACAAAUGGAAUAGAUGACCUUUCUUUUAUUUUUGGAGCUGCCCCAAUGUUUGGAGAAUUUGAGGAAGUUAAAGGCGAAAGUGAAGAAAGACGAAGAGCCAGAUUGGGACGUCAUCAGAGGACCCAGGAUCGAGUGGCAAGAGCAGUUGCUAAUAUGAACCAGCAGGAAAGGCAAACACAGAAUGAGCAAGAAGAGAGGCGUAGGAUUGCUGAAGCUAUGGAUUUUGAGAUAAAACGCUGGGCUGCAGGGAAGGAAGGCAAUAUGCGUGCACUUCUAUCAUCAUUGCAACAGGUGCUUUGGUCUGAAUGUGGUUGGGAGCCAGUUUCACUGACUGAUCUAAUAACCUCUGGCUCUGUUAAAAAAGUUUAUAGAAGGGCCACAUUAUGUGUCCAUCCUGACAAGGUUCAGCAGAAAGGUGCCACUCUUGAACAGAAAUAUAUUGCUGAAAAGGUUUUCGAUAUUCUCAAGGAAGCUUGGAACAAGUUCAACAAGGAAGAACUUUCUUAAAACCUGGAAGGUAGUUCAUUUGAAGAAUCAAGCCAUUUAUUUGGUAAUCAUAGUAAAGUUUCGUUUCAGAGCAAAAUAUUCAAGAACAGUCCCAGCAGUGUUAUGGUUUUGCGAAGAUGAUGCCGUUCAAACAGUGCUUCAUUGGUUAGGGAACUUCUGUUGUUGAAAGCUAUGAGGCGCUUCGUAAGGAGUAAAAUUUUUCAUGUAUGACUCAAAUUAAUACAUCUUCAGCAAGUAGAUUUCACGAUGUUUACUGAACCUGCACUGUGCCUGUAUAUUUUAUUUAUUUUUGCUAUAAUUUUUUCUUCUCUAGUUGAUUUUUUUUUUUUUGGGCUUGGAUGGUUAUAAUUCCACUUUUAUCAGUUUCAUUGAUUGUUUUCCUGUAAGUAAGAGCCCACGCUGAAUUUAAGUGGAUAUAUUAGUGGGUUUUUUUUUUUUUGUCCUCUGUGAGCCUUCAAUUUGUUUAUUGCUGUCUCAUUUAAGUGGAUGCCACCUUAUUCAUCUUGUGGAAUAUAUAAAUUGAUGUUGUUAUCUGCCAAAUUAUAACAGAGUUUAAAGGCACGGUAUUGUUAUUGACCAUGCUCAUUAGCUAGUAUUUCUUGCAUCAAAAUUAACUUGAUAGGACUACAAAGUUGAACGUGGUUGGUACAAUUGGAGCCUUGGAGGUUAGUUGCACAAGUAAAUGAAAAUUGACCAAAGGAUACCUUGACCUGUAAAUUAGUGGCAAAGGACUGGUCAUUGUAGUUCUAAUCGGAAUGCUUGUUUUAAUUCAAAAUUUUAGUGUAUACACUUCAUUCUACUUAAAGAUGAUGAAAUUGUCAGUAGCAAAUUACGAAGUGGGUUAUUGAACAGCUGGAAAAAGCCCGGGCCCGCUUACGGAAAGUGGAAAUGGAGGCAGAUCGGUUUCGAGUGAAUGGAUACUCUGAGAUAGAACGAGACAAAUUGAAUUUGAUUAAUUCAACUUAUAAGAUUUUGGAACAAUUAAAAAAUUACAAAA